UCGACCGCCGUCUCGGCGGAACAUCGACGCCGUUCUUCCAGACCCUCCCAGCAACGUCGAUCGAGAACGUUAUUCAAUCACGCGAUCCUGCUCCACUACUGUGGUACCCGGUAAAUGCUAGGCAACGAUGCUGAGUAGAGAACGCCCCUCAGAUACAGCGGCGGGAUCCCCAAAUCCAUCCGAGACGAGGCGGCGGAAAACCCGCAAAGGCACCCACAGCUGCUGGGAGUGCAAGCGGCGCAAGGUCCGGUGUUCGUACUCUAUCCCGUCGGACCCCUGUUGUAUCGGAUGUCGGAGGCGUGGCACAAGAUGCGUCAGCCAACAGGACGUUGAUGAGAGGACUGCAACAGCAUCGUCGAUAGGAAGUACAGAUCGACACUUGAGUGAUCGCAUGGUGCGUGUCGAGGCCCUGCUCGAACAGUUGGCCAGUCAAAUCGUCGAUGGCGGGAACAAGAAUUCGUUUGCUGGAAACGAGAAUCCAUCUGGUGGUAAUGGUUCAGAGUCGGAUUUGGCAACGUCGUGCUCGCCGCAAGAGAUGCAGUCAUUCGAGCACCUUUCGCCAAUGACAAUGAUAAUGGACACUCCAUUUCGAGUUACGGGGUAUGAGUCCGUCUCGGCCGCACUGUACGCUGCAUUGCCGCCUCGCGAGGACAUCCACUUGAUGAUCAAGGCAGGCCUCGAUGUCUCCCUCCAUAGACUCAUGACUCAUUCUCUCGCUGUGCUCUCCCAGUGUCCAGGCGGAUGGAGUGCGGGUCUGGCCGACAUGCCAAAUGCAGGGACACAUCCAACCCUACUUGCCAAGUAUAUGCUGAUCUUGGCCACGUGUCUGCAAUUUGCACAUCCAGAACUCCAUGCAGACGAGAUCCACCGUCUGUCAGAACCGCCGCGGCAGCUUAUGCGUCGCGUGGCCGACACAGCUAUAAGUCUGGUAACGAGCAAGGACGAAUUCCUCAACUCCGUCGAAGCGUUAGAGUGCGUCAUGCUAGAAUCCUUGUACUUGGCCAAUGGCGGCAAUCUUCGUCGUGCCUGGUUUGCUUGCAGGCGCGCCAUGGUGGUUGCACAGAUGCUUGGUUUGCACCGUGGCGAUUGUCAGCAGCCACCGCACCUAACGACUACAAGUCAGACCAUCGUUCCGAACUUCUUCUGGUUUCGAAUAGUCUGUACUGACCGCCAACUAUGCCUUAUGCUUGGUCUGCCGCAAGGCUCUUUAGACGUGUCCAUGGCCACUGAAGCUGCUCUUGCAAACGAUUCACCAUCGGGCCAAUUCGAGCGCAAGCAGUGCGUCAUUGCCUCGCGCAUACUCGCGCAUAACGAGAUGUCAGGUGUUGCUACUAAUGAUGACUUUACGGCUGUCUUGGAACUCGAUUCCGAGCUCCAACAAGCCGCAAACGAGAUGCCUGGCCAGUGGUGGCUGGUUCCAAACCUCGCCAGCUCGAUGCAAGAUAAAGAGAAGACGUUUUGGGAGAUGUUGCGUCUAAUUGAGCAGAUGCUUUACUUCAAUUUGCUCAACCUACUGCAUCUCCCCUACAUGCUACGAUCCAACAAACCCAGUGCAGAGGAGACUGAUAAGAAGUUCAAUUAUGAAUACAGCAAGAUGGCUAGCAUCAACGCAUCGCGCGAGUUGCUGACGCGCUUUAUUAUGCUCCGCUCUUUCAACCGCGUUGCUUUCUUCUGUCGAGCUGUUGACUUCUUCGCCAUCACAGCUGCAAUGACUUUAGUCAUCGCACACCUCGACGGGCACCGCAAGCAGCGACAACGGCAGUAUGAGGGAGGUGUGGCGGGAAUCAAUGUGCUUGCACAUCAGAGGAACGGCGACCGAGCCAUGAUGGAAAAGGUUCUCGAGAAUAUGGAGGGCGUUGCGAAGCUAAGCACUGAUGCUCUCAGUCAACGCAGCGCGAGUCUACUGAAAAGCCUGCUAGCUCUCGAGGUUGACGCUGCGGAGGGCAAACCCGGUGCCUCAGGAACAGAAGCUGGGCAUUCCCUCCAGCUCGGUAUUCCCUACUUCGGUACUGUCAGGAUUAGUAGCGACGGCGUAGUCGUAUCCAUGGAAUCUCCCCCGAGCUACACGACGGAACAGGUGGAUGGCUAUAGAGAUUUCAGCGUCCUACCAUCGGUGCAAACCCCGUUGGAUGGUAUGGCAGCAAUAUCUGCUACACCUCAGCAGACGCUACGCAUUCCACAAACUUUGUCUCCAGUAGUGCAUUUUCCUGAGCCAACGAUGCAGCAGUCGUUCGCGCCGCCAUAUCCCACCGCCAUCAACGAUGUCCUACAUCAGCAAUAUCUGUACCCCGGUUUGACAGCUGAUGCCGAUGAAUGGACAUUUCAAGGGGUCGACACGGUGUUCUUUCACAGUCUGAUGAGGGGGUUUGAAGGUGAAACUGUAUAUAACACUGGUCCUAUUUAGACUAAUUAGAGUUGUCUUCUGUGAUCUUGAAGGUGCAUUCGGAUAGAACUCAGAUUCUCACGUCAAUACUAGAUAGGUAGGUUACUUGAAAAAGUAAGAUUAUGCACUCAGCUAUCAGUUGAGCAUUCUACCUCAAGCUGAAGCUCAUGUUUGUUCGUGUCUCU